AUGGAUACUGCUAAUCACAAUGUACUGCAGUUUGUAUCAGCUGCUGCCCAAGUUUUCGAGACACAAGAAGUAGAAGACAUGAAAGGCUCAACUAGCGACUUACGCUGCUCAACCGAAGCCCUUUUAACCAACAGCAGCGCUUGGGAUAUUCCAGACACACAUACAGAUCAUGAUACCGAUACCAAAGUUACGUCAGAGAAACCAGACGUGAUCCGAGAGCUAUUAGCAGAAGCUACAGGCGCAAAGAUAGAGGAAUCCGUGACAGCAUCCUCGAGCGAUUCAUCCGUAGCAAACGAUGCAAGCAUAGAGGACAAACUAAAGAGCGUAUUCCAUCUUCCAGCAAAAGAAUCACUAAGAGGAGAAUGGCCAUGCUACAUUGUUCAGUCUGCCAUCGUGCCUGGCUUUAUGUAUCUUACGGACAAUCACAUUUGCUUCUAUGCUUCGCUGCCCAAAAGCCAACUUGUUUUCCACAAAUCUGGCUAUUUACAACUGAAAAAAGCCGGCAAGAUGAAGAGCACAUUUGAACGCUUCUUUUUUGAUGUAAAUGACGAUGUGCUGACUUGGUUUGAGAGUUCCACAGAUUCUUAUUCACCGUUGGGGAAGAUUGAUCUAAAAUACGCAAUUGCUGUGCGUCAAUCCACCAAGAGAAAGUACGGAUUUCGAGUAGUGACAAUGAACAAGACAUGGCAUUUUCAGGCGGAUACAAAUGCAGCUGUAAUAGAGUGGACGAAUGCUCUUCAAAAGGCUAUAUUUAGGGCCAAGAAUAAUGGCAGUAGUUUAAAGAUCACAUUACCGUUUGAAAAUAUACUGGAUAUCGAGCAAACAGAGGCAUUUGAAUUCCAAAAGUUCCUCAAGAUCAGAGCAGUGGGCAUUGACGAUAGCUUUGUGAUGGACGAGUAUUACUUUGCCUAUUUCUCGGAUAUCGAGACGACAUUCAAGCGGCUGAAAUUGGCAUGGGAGGGUUAUUCUCGUGAUACAGCAGCAGCAUCAGGAUCCGACAAGUUACAUGCACUCACGUCAGAUCAUGAUUCAACCAACAACUCACCUUCUCUAUCAAUAUCAGACUUGUAUGAUGCCGAUUCGCAGCCUAUCAUGAUUCCAGCAGCAUCGUCAGCGGGAUUUAUACCUGCACCCAAAAGAUCCAAUUCAGUAGUCGCUAAUGCGCUUGCUGUACCCGGUGCAUUGAAAGAUUUUCUGUACCCAUCAGCAUCAUCUAGCAAAUCCACAGCAGCAUCUGAUAAAUUACAGGAAUCUUCCAGUUCAGACGACGACGAUCAAUCCGUGGGCUGGUUACAUGGGAAGCGUCGAUCUGGCAUGAAGCUAGUGUACGGACUUCUGGGAGGCAACACCAUGGAGGGUAGUCCAUCCACUGCUUUAGCAAUAGAUGAUGAAGACGACGACGAAGAGGGGGAGGAAGAUGACGAGGAGGAGCAUUAUAGAUUAGAUACGGUCAGUAGCCCACGUGCAGACGAGGCAGAAGUUCUGGAUGACCGUACCAUGACCAAUUUUCAAAAGUAUUUCAUUUUGCCGGAAUCAGAGAAAUUAUUAACAGUCUAUCGAUGCUCAUUGAUGAAGACAUUACCAUGCUACGGAAAAUUGUACAUUUCCUCCAACUACAUUUCGUUCAAUGCCAAAGGAUUUGCUACCAAGGCCAAGAUGAUCAUCCCUUUCCUGGACGUCAUUCGCAUACAAAAACUGAGAAGCAGAGGCUACAUUUUCCAUUCGCUCAGCAUCCUUACGCAGACCAAGAAAGAAAUUUACCUCGAAUUUUCAUCCAUUACACGAAGAAACAGCUGCUUUGCUAAGCUCUUUUUGCAGCACAAAAGAGCGUUGGAGAGCCAAACGGAGCCAGAUAAAGCCGAAAAGAAAAUUAAGGAUUGGGAAGUCAGACUGAUGGAAGACGAGCAAAAAGACGCUAUUGGCCGAGUGGUGCCCAAUGAUGCUAGUUUGCCAGUGCUAUCUCGCCAGCAAACUGAAACGAUUGUGUACAAGAAGCCUGAAAAGUCGCUGCAUUUUACUUGUAUCACGAUUGGCACGCGGGGCGAUGUUCAACCAUAUAUUGCGCUGUGUAAGGGUUUAAUGAAGGAAGGACAUUGCUGCAGAAUUGCUACGCACGAUGAAUUUAAAGACUGGAUAGAGGAGCACGGCAUAGAAUUUAGAACUGUAGGUGGUGACCCAGGAGAGCUUAUGAGGAUUUGUGUUGAGAACAACUUUUUCAGCGUUAAUUUUGUUGUGGAAGGUCUUCGUCUGUUUAAAGAUUGGAUCGAUGAAUUGCUUACUCUAUCAUGGAAGGCUGUCCAAGGCACAGAAAUCAUCAUUGAGAGCCCCAGUGCAAUGAUUGGCGUUCAUAUGGCAGAAGCAUUGCAAGUUCCUUACUUUAGAUCAUUCCCCAUGCCAAUGACUCGCACACGAUCCUUCCCUCACCCAUUUGCCACUCCCAACAACCCUAAAGGCAGACUAUACAACGAUAUGACCUAUGUCCUAUUUGAUCAUGCUGUUUGGAGAGCCAUUGCUGCACGCACAAAUUCAUUCAGAAAAACAACACUAGGAAUACCAUCAACAAGCUACGAGAAGCUGGAAGUAUGGAAGAUCCCCUAUCUGUACUCAUUCAGUCCGAGCAUUGUGCCCAGCCCACUGGAUUGGCUAGAUUGGAUACAUUGCACUGGAUAUUGGUUCCUGGAUAACCCACAAACAGGAUGGACGCCUGAUCCAGACCUCAAGGCAUUCAUCGAAGCUCAGGACACCAGGCCUAUCGUGUACAUUGGAUUUGGAUCCAUCAUUGUGUCAGACCCUGUGGGUAUCACGCGUGUUAUCAUUGAAUCCGUGUUGUUAUCCAAUGUCAGGGCAAUUGUAUCAAAAGGUUGGUCGUCUCGUCACAAGCAAGGUGCGGUCAGUGAAGAAGCAGACAUGCUGAGUAGACAUCCAGGAACCAUCAUGAGCGUGCAGUCAGUUCCUCAUGAUUGGUUGUUUCCCAAGAUCCGUGCUGUGGUGCAUCAUGGUGGUGCUGGUACAACUGCUGCUGGUCUUCGUGCGGGAAGACCUACCAUUAUCAAGCCGUUCUUUGCAGAUCAGUUCUUUUGGGGAGAACGAGUGGAAGAAAUGGGAAUAGGAAGAUGCAUCAAGAAUCUGACUGUAGAUACUCUGUCUGCUGCUUUGAGAGUGGUGUCUACUGAUGAAAACAUGCUCAAAGUGGCUAACCGUGUUGGUCAAAAAAUUCGUGCUGAAACGGGCGUGGACACAGCCAUUCAGUGCAUUUAUCGUGAUAUGGAGCUUGCUAAAGCGAGAACAUCGUCGUCCAUUCUCAAGACGAGUAAGGGGGGUGAGGAUAUGAUGGCAUCCAGCUUUGGAGAGGAAGAUCAGGAUUGGACCAUCAUUGAGGAUGUUGCCUCUGGCUCUAUAUCGCCAGAUUCUUGGAAACCCACAGACACGGAAGAAAAAUCAUAA